CACUGCGCCCAACCCGACGGCUCAGGGAGGACCUCCAACGUUCCUCACUAACCACCGUCCGCCGUGCAGCUGGAGAUCCCCAGGACCGCGUCUGAUGCGCAAACCCGGCGGGGAUCCGGGGCAAUUUAACAAGCACAUCGGACCCUGUUGAAAGAGUUUCUUAUCAGACGACAGCCGCGUAUCAUCCACUGUACAGAUGUUUUUAUUUUAUUUAGAAAACGUGUUGGCAUACAUGGUAUAUAAUAUACGCGCGGAUUCUAGCUGAUGACUUAAGAGGAAAAAUAAUAUUUCUAUGCAAAGCUUUAAAGGGAUUUUUUUUUUCUCCCUUUGGCAACCUGUUUGGUUAAUUGAUCAAGUGAGCGGUGUUUUUCUUCUGCUGAAAUACUGGCAGUAAACACAGAUGGAGCUGCGUGUUUCUGACUGAGGCUCUGUGUGUAUCUCACGCACACAAACACUCACAGGAUCCUUCUCCGGACACCCCCGCGGUGUUUCCUCUAACACGUUAAACGGAAGGCUGUGCACGGCUUGACCUGUCGGCGGUGUUUGGCUGCACGGAUCGGGUGCAGUGUGUGUGUGUUUGUGUAUAUGUGUGUAUCUAUGUGUUUCGGGUGCUGAAAUCAGCGGAUCCCCCUCAUCCACCGGCUUCUGGUCAUUCGUCCGGACUUAAAUCAAUUGAACUGCAUAUCGUUCCCUGCAAUCAUCUUCACUGAUUCCUUAAUUGCAUUUGAUAUCAUUUUGUCAUGAAUGAAGAACACUUCGGCCGUUGUGGGAGUUAUUUUUCUUGGACAAGGUGACGGAUUCGGCGGACUGAGAAUCGCCUGUAUUUCACACCGCGUUUAUGGUAUAUAUUUUUUGAAGGAAAUCUCUGAAUGAUGGAUGCGAAGAUGAACUCGGAGGUGACACGUCUCGGGAACUCCUUUUAAUCGACCGGCAGAAGGCUUCACAGCGAGUCUUUCGUGCGCCAGUACACUGCAUCUGAGGAGCCCCCUGGAGGUGACUGGCUGUCACUGCAGCAGUGUGGAGAAGGCUGUGCAGGCAGCAUCGUUGGAUGGCCACCAGUCUGAGCCAGUGCAACACUCAUGAGCUGAAGUGUAAGGGAAGUUAUCCACCAGCUGGCAGGGUGAACAGUGGGGUGGAGACCCAGUCACACCAUAUGGAGGUCAAAAGUCACGUCAUUGCGGAUGUGGGUCCGGCGCCUGCAGCAGAUGCCCAGAGCUGCCUAGAUAGCAAGCAGCUUGCGGCGCGGAUCGUGGAGCUGCAGGAAAGGCAGCGGACCCUGCAGGCCCUGCUGGAGAGCCGACUCGGGGAGCUGAGAUGGGUCUGUCUGCUGGAGGCGAAGCUGACUGGGGAGCUUCCCAGUGAGUUUCCCUUGGGAGAAGGGGAAAAGGCUCCCCUUGUACAGAACAGAAUGUCAGAGUCCCACUGCGUUCCCGCUCAGAAGGAAGAGGAAGAGGCUUCUCAGCGGAUGCAGAAAAAGGGCCUGCUCAGUGUCGCCCUCCGUAGGCAGAAAGAGGCACAGCAACAAGGCAGACGAACAGUCCAUCGUGGCUGCCACACAGAUGAAGUAGUGAAGACAGACCUCUCUGCACUGAACUGCACAGGACAGGACCACGGGGAGUGGUCCCCUAGCCCCGCCCAGAACCACCAGCUGGCCUCUGGCCCGUGCAUGACCCCGGGGAGCCCUGACAAGCGGGUCGGCAGGAAGCCUUCUCCUGUGGAGGCCUACGGCGAGAUGAGGCCCCGCCGAGGCUCCAUAGCCAGCUCCGACAGCCCGAGUCAGUCCCUUGCUCAAGGCGCGUCCAACACAGAGGGGAGGAGUGUCCCCGCUACACCCCUGUUGUCCCGGCCUGUGCUCAGCAGCGUCCCCUGGAGGUCAGAAGUUUUGGGUGGACCUGGGGCAGAGUGGACCGCAGAUGGCCUGGAGUUUUCUCAGGGGGUGGGUCCAUUUCCUGGCUCGGUCCAGCACGGGGGGGCCAAGGCACGUCGCAGUACCAGCUCGGAGGCCUUGUUGGACCGUUCUGCCUACAUGGAGGAGGGACGGCGCCGGGCCGGGAUGCCGCCGCGGGGCGGGCCCUAUCGAAGCUCUGAGACUCUGACGGAUGGGCGAUCCCGACGCGGAGUCGCCGACGUCUCAGCAGGGCAAGGCAGGGCACGACCGCCAUUGGCCAGCCGCACAGUGGGAGGGGCCCACGGCUCCGCUCUCACUGACUGCAUGUGGGGUAGGCGGCCGAAGGCGCCAACCCAGCCACACCGCCAGCGGCAGCCAUCGGGGGGACCCGAGGACCGGUCCUCUCCAGGGUCAACCCCCAACGCACCUACUGGUGACGGUUGCAGCCCCGCUGCUCAUGGCCUGCCAGGGGAGCUGCGCCGGGCCAAGGUGACCAGGACCAAGUCCUGUGGGCCUCUUCUCUCCCAGCACCAGCAGGGGGUGCUCCUGUGCUCAGGACACCCCGACUCGCCCCUUGGCGGGCCCCCACUUGCCCGCAGGCCCCUGCGUUUCCCGAGUGCCGACGGCCCCCCACGCGGUCUGCACAAGGCCCUGGCGCUGGAGGGCCUCAGAGACUGGUACCUGAGGAACAGCCUGAGCCACGUGACGGGCCCCGGCUCCGGCCAGCCCCGGCGGCCCAACCCCUCCCUGCACGGCUCUCACCCUCACCCACUGACACACCAGUCCCAGUCCCUGCAGUCUGAACAGGCCUACCUGCAUCUACACAGCCCGCAGGUACACCUGUCAGCAACGUUUCAUGGACACCUGCUGCACGGCAGGUCAAUGGAGUUCUCACUGUACCAGGACCUCGACUCCAGUGCUGAUUCACCUGCUCCCGGGACUUUGGUUUAAGGCACACAUGAGUCCCUGAACAUGCAGACUCACAUUCAGGGGUGGGAUAUACCCGGGUAUAGCAAGCGGGUAGGGCCUGUCACGGAUCGGCAUUCCUGCCCCAUCUGCAGAUCAGUAACGACCCCCCCACCCACCAGAGUUUAUGGAUGACCCUACAAAAUCAAGUGUGUGUGGGGGUGGGUGGUGGUGGGGGGGGGUGGUUGUCCUGAAGACAGUGAAGAACUAGGAGGUAAACCCCACCCUUCCAAGUCCAUUGCCACCAUACCAUUUACACUUUCAUUAGAAAAAAAAUGUCUGUGUAUGAGAUGUUUAGAGCUGAGGGUGGUACGGCCAGGUACAGAUAGGAUGCAGAUGAGUGAUGCACAGUAAUUACGAUAUAGACCGAAGUAGGUCCAUGUUACUUUAGAAGUGAACAAAACCAUCGAUACUUUAAUGUGACAUACAUAUAUACAGCUGUGUGUUUAAUCAAUAAACAUUCUUAUUUUGUCAAGCCUUCGCUAUUCAGUAAGGUGCACCUUACGCAUUGCGUGUGGUUGGACACUAGGGGGCAGUCUAAACCCACUCAUCUGAGCGGUCUUUAUUAGAGGCGUCAAAUUUUCCAUAUUUAUGAAUUUCGGCCUUGUGUGUUUCGCCGGGGAGAUGAAGCCAGCUUUCUGGAAGGGUGGUGUUGUAUUACCAACCUCUGACGUUGGUAUGAAGGCAGGUCGGGAAAUUAUGCAUUUUAUUCUGUUUCACUCACUGAUUGGUGAAGUUCUUCCAAGCAGCUGUGCAGAAAUAUGUUCAUAUGUAUGUAAAACCUACAGAAAGAUAAUGUUUAAAAAUAUAUAUGACUAUAUUUAUGAUAGGAUAACUGAAACAUUUGUUUAAUCCAUCUAAAUGCAAAUUGUUAUUUGUAGCUUCGGAGAAAUCCGAUCUAGAUAAAUUAUAGGAAUGUUUUGGCGCGGGUUGAAAGAUUUAUAAAUUAGAGAAAAGCUGUGUCUGAAUAUAUCACCAGAUAAAAGGUGCAUUUCGAUAUUUCUCAUUAGUAGAUUUUAUUUUUGUUAAAACAUUCUCUAAAUAAAGUUAUCAUCACCCAUCAACAAUAAAUACAUUUUGGCGGAAGUGAUGAAUAACAUGAAUUAGUUUUUGUGUAUGCAAUGUACGUCAGCGUUUUCUUGCUUUUUUAAUGAAGUGUCUUGUUCAAUUAAAAAUGGCUUAUCUAUGUAAAA